CAACUCGCUGUCAGUUUCUCAGCAACAAACACACACAUACUGCACACACCUGCGUCAUUUCCUAAUCAGAAAAGAUCUGAGUGAAUGAGCAAGUGCGGAGCUUUUAAGUAACAAUAUGAAAUAUUCCUCUCCGAUAGAGGAAGACCAACUACCUUGCCAUUGAAGGGGACACUGGGAAGAACGAGAAACAACCAGCUCUUUCAUUUUGGUCUAUAAGAAUAAUAAUGAUGACAUAGGUAGGCUACAAAGAUGACCAAUUGCGAACUGUUUGGCUCAGACAACCCAGAGGAACACAUUCAGGUGCCACGUUUUGAUACCGUGUGUUUGUAGCGCAAGAGCGCGCGCAUCUUGUCCGUCUUCUUUGUUAUCCAGGAUCAUAUUCAGUUGAAUAAAAGUUGUUGUUGUUGUGACACGUCUAGAAAUAUUGCUCUGCUGCACGAGUAUAUUUGGCAACUUUUUGAAGCAAUUAUUUUCUCACCAUCAUCUACGGAUCUACCGUGCACCUUCACACAAUCCGGACUCUCCAUAAACAGGUGAAAAUCGAAGAUGCGGCGGCAAUGGAGAGCUGUUAUUAUUUGAUGCUUCCGACGGGCAUUAUUGGAAAGAUGACACUUUUCAAAGCUGACUUCCUCCAAGAAUCACUGUGCGGUCAUGUGUUUUCGGAGCGGAGAGACUUGUAUAGCGGUAUUUCAAAUGCAUGAUCUGACCAUCCCUGUCGGGGGUGUGCUGUUUACGGUAAAGCUGUAGCAUGAUGAGCAGUGAUUUGGAGCGCGUUUCACUCAAUUCAACGACGGCUAACUCGGGAACUGGGUCGGGUGGCCGCGUGCUGUCAGCAAACGUUCGGAAGCUGCACAACGCGCUCAACCUGCUGCUCACAGACUUCGAGAGAGAACAGUUCAUACACUGUCUAAACGUUUACCACGCAAAGCGCAACGUCUUCGAUUUAGUUCAAACUCUCAAAAUAAUCCUCAACACGCCAAACAAACGACAACUCCUCCCCAUGUUGCGGUUGGUCAUUCCGCGCUCAGACCAGCUGUUGUUUGACCAGUAUACUUCCGAGGGCCUGUACCUUAAAACGGACCAUCUACCGCAAAACAGUGGCAACAACCCUGAAAGCUCUGGAGGAGAAGUCGGCAAUGCAGCAAACCACCAUGUCCAAAUUCCCACUGCUCACUGUAUGAACCCUCACGAUCUCUCUUGUCAUGCAUCACCGGGAGCGUGUCCCGGCAAGGAUGGUUUCAGCACCACUGCUGAUGGGACCGCUCCCCAGGCUUUCAUCCAGGGGGAGCCUUUUGGAGAGAUCCGCCAAGUGACACUGAGACGCAGAAAGAGCAAUGAGGGUUUAGGGUUCAGCAUCCGGGGAGGCUCCGAGCACGAUGUGGGAAUAUAUGUGUCGCUAGUAGAACCCGGAUCUUUCGCUGAGAAUGAGGGAUUGAGGGUCGGUGAUCAGAUAGUGACUGUUAACGACAUGCUGUUUGACAGACUCUCACACAUGGAGGCAGUCAAGGUCCUGAAGGGCUGUAAGAAGCUAGCAAUGUCAGUGUGUUCUGUGGGCCGUAUCCCUGGCGGUUAUAUCACCAACCACAUCUACACCUGGGUGGACCCUCAGGGCCGCAGUGUCUCCCCUCCCUCCGACCUGGAGAAGCAGGAGCAGCACAGCACCCUGGGACGGCAGGACAGCCAGAGCCGUGGACACACACAGGAGAGGGCUGAGAAGACAAUCACCCUAAACUUGAACGAUGGCCUCUCUCUGGGCCUGAUGAUCAGAGGAGGGGCAGAGUACGGCCUGGGCAUAUACAUUACUGGAGUGGACCCAGGCUCAGCCGCAGACCACGGGGGACUCAAGGUGGGCGACCAGCUGCUGGAGGUGAAUGGGCGGAGCUUCGUGGCCAUCCCCCAUGAUGAGGCGGUGAGGAUCCUGAAGACGUGUCGCCACCUGCUGGUUAGGGUGAGAGACGUUGGCCGCCUGCCUCAUGCCCGCACCGUGGUGGACCAGACCAAAUGGAUCAGCAGCCCUAGCCCCCCGAGCCCACCGCCCAUAGUAGAGAGCACCGCCAGCCCAGCUACUACACGGCCAUCUUCAGCGCGGGCUACACCUGUACUAGGAAAGUCAGUGUGUCGAGGUGUGUGGCCCCCAGGUUCCCAGGUGUCUCUGGAGGAGCAGGCCUUUCUGCUGCUGACAGACCCAGAGAGGCAGACCAUGGGUUACUACCUGCAGGAGUACCAGGAUGGACACAUCAGUCUGAAACCCCUGGCUAUGGCCCUGUUUGAACUCUUCAACACCCACGCCAAGUUAUCCUUGCUGUCUGAGGUGCGUAGCCUGGUGGCUCCCCAGGACCUGGAGCUGUAUGAUGGUCUGGUGCUGCACCGUGAGAGGGAGGCUCUGAAGGCCUGGCACGGAGAAAAAGGAACGUUGCAUCCACACAGCCACUGUGUACACACAGAGCCCUCAGCCAGCCACAGCCACUCCAACCCCACCACUCUCUGCUCUGCCAAGCAUGAGUGCUCACAUGGUGACAGUGUAGAGCAAGAUCCAGGGGUACGCACUAAUGUCCUACCUGACGUUACAUUGAAAGAAGUGCAGUCUACAGCUGAAUCUCCUCCGUCCUUCAAGCCAUCUCUUCCCUCCGGCCAUACCCAGACCAGAAACCCCAAGGAGAGAGCCCCUUCCAAGCGCCCCUCAUCCAGUCAUUCCCAGGCUGGCCUGAUCUUUACUGCUCCCACCAGGCUACACCAGGAAUGUCACCACAAAUCCCUCAAAUCCUUCAGCUCCUCCAACCACCAAACCUCCACCUCCCCUAGUUCUGGCCUCCAUCACACCUGUCCCAACCCUGGCCACCAAAACAGCCCCAACCCUGGCACCAACCACAGUGCCAAUCCAAGCUCUGGUCAUCAGACAUCCAUAAACUCUCUUCACCACACCUGCCAAAACUCCCUCCACAUCUCCACCCCCACCUCUGACCACCACCCCCUCCAAGGCUGCCCUAGCUCCAGCCACCAUACCUGCCCCGGCUCCCUUCAUCACAACCCCUUGUGGUUCCCCUCUGCUCCUCCAACCCAGGAGACGACCAUCAAGCACCCCAUCUUCAGAUCCUGUUCCCAUGAGAAGCCUGCUACCUCCCCUAAGACUGCCUCCCCUUGUUUCUCACCGUGUCCCUCCCCUGGUCUCUCCCCAUGUCCCUCGCCCUGUCCCUCUCUUGCUGUCCUGAAGCCGCCCCCAUGUAGCCCAGACAGACCCUGCUCUCCCUGUUCUCCCUCCCUCAGCCAGGGAGGUCAGUGUGUCAUGGCAGGCGUACACAGACUGACUGCUGAGGUCAGGCCCCAGCCCCAGCAGAGAGGCGCCACAUUGUCCCAACUGUCAGACAGUGGUCAGACUCUGAGUGAGGACAGUGGGGUGGACAUUGCUGAGGCAGGAGGGCUGAGUAAAGACAGCAGUCCUCGGCCCAGUAAGAACCAGGCCACACAGCAGUCCCAAGUGGCCCAGGGACCUGCAGCACUGGCAUCCAAACAGCAGCCUGGCUCUCCAGUGCCCACCCCUACCCUGGUACAUGUGGUAAAGAAUGCCAAUACUCUGGGUAUCGCUAUAGAGGGAGGGGCAAACACACGCCAGCCGCUGCCACGCAUCGUCACCAUACAGAAGGGAGGCUCGGCACAUGGUUGUGGGCAGCUGAAGGUGGGUCAGGUGAUUCUGGAAGUGAACGGUGUCUCCCUGAGGGGCCGUGAGCACCAGGACGCUGCUUGCAUCAUCGCUGAGGCCUUCAACUCCAAAGAGAGGGACCACAUUGACUUCCUGGUCACAGAGUUGAACGCAGCUCUCCUGCAGGGCCUUUUGCAGGGUCGUAUUCAUUAGCCACCAUACAGAAGAAAACGGACUGAAAUAGGCAGGGACUACCUGAACUUGUGAAAUAAGAAGUGCUUGUUCCCAUUUUCCUGCAGGGGCUUUAGCAGGACUUUGCACUUUAAAGAGGUGAAACGGAAGGAGAGAACAGGAGGGAGAGGUCUGAGUGUUAAUAUAAACAAUCUAUCUCGUCUCGUCUAAGCCCGUUCUCCCUUCCCACUUUUUUGUCUGUAGAUCGCAACCAGGCUUGCCUUGUAGAGUUGUAUUGCCAAAAUGCAUGACAUUCUGCAUUAAGAACUCCCCAAUAUAACCUAAUAGAACCUAAGAAGAACCCACCAAUGGAACCUAAUAGUAUUGAACUGAAAUCUUGAAAAUCGCCGUUUAUAACAACAAUAUCAAUGCUGUGAUGUUAUUAGUUAUGUCAUUCCAUUGAGCUGCUUUUCAGUCUCCCUGCUCUCCCCUCUCGAAUAGGUCUGCCAUUCGUAGCAGCUCUCCCCUGGAAGUGGUUAUACCAAGAUGGUGCUUUGAAAAUGGACAGACAUUGUAUCUAAUCUUAGUCGAACUAUACCUUUAUGCUAUCUCUGAAAUACUUUUUUUUGUAUAAGUUCUGUAAUGUUUAAUGAACACCCUAUAUAUUGUGUAUCGUAUAUAUUGUAUAUAACACUGAAACACCUUUUAGGUAGAGGAUUUGAGCUAUUUAUAACACUAGGUCGUCUGUAUGUAAGAGGAUCACAUUUCUUUAUGGAUUUUAUGAAUUUACUUGAUUCAUUUUUUAUUUAUAAGGGCAGUUCGUUUUCUAUACUUUGUGUUCAUGGUAUACAGUAUUGGUUAAUUGGCUGUGUGGUGAAUUUUGUGAUUACAUUAAGAAUCCUUUUUCAUACACUUCCAUAUGCAUAUAUACUGUGUAUAUAUAUAUAUAUAUAUGUAUAUAUAUAUAUAUAUAUAUAUAUAUACAGUAGAUAAAAGCAGAGACAAUACUGAAAAUUAGCAGAGGUACUUCAUCUGAGCUGUAGAGCUGAAUCAGAGACGGUAAUGAAGAGUCAGAGAGUGAUCCUGGGAGAGGAAAAUUAGUCCAUGAGCUGCUAAUGCAUCGUUAUACAGAUAAAUAACUUGUCAAUUAUAGGUAACUGCCUCACUAAUAGCAGAGCUGGUGGUGGAGGGGAUGCAGCAGCAGCCAUAAUGCACAUUGUGUGUAUGGGAGAGAAUAUACUGUACACUACAUCGCCAAAAGUCAAGUUCGUCCACACCAAUCUCGGCGAACGGUUUCACUAUCGACCUCUGUGCACGGGGCAUUGUCAUGCUGAAACAGGAAAGGGCCUUCCCCAAACUGUCACAAAUUUGGAAGCACAGAAUCGUCUAGAAUGUAUGCUGUAGCAUUAAGAUUUCCCUUCACUGGAACUAAGGGUCCUAGCCCAAACCAUGACAAACAGCCCCAGACCAUUAUUCCUACUUUACAGUUGGCACUAUAGCGUUCAGGUAGCGUUCUCCUGGCACCCACCAAACUCAGAUUUGUCCGCCGGACUGCCAGAUCGUAAAGUGUGAUUCAUCACUCAAGAGAACGUGUUUCCACUGCUGCAGAGUCCUAUGGCGGUGCGCAUUCCAAUCUUAGGCUUGUGUGUGGCUGCUCGACAUAUCCACUUCACAACAACAACACUUACAGUUGACCGGGGCAGCUCUAGCAGGGCAAAAAUUUGACAAACUGACUUGUUGGAAAGGUGGCAUCCUAUGAUGGUGCCACGCUGAAAGUCACGGAGCUCUUCAGUACGGGCCAUUCUACUGCCAAUGUUUGUCUAUGGAGAUUGCAUGAAUGUGUGCUCAAUUUUAUACACUUGCCAGUAAUGGGUGUGGCUGAAAUAGCCGAAUCCACAAAUUUAAUGGGGUGUCCACCUACUUUUGGCCAUGUAGUGUGUCAGCGGCAGUGUAUGCUAGUGUAGUGAGAUACUAGUGGAUAUCGUGUCACCAUAACGGGGAGGUUGGCACCAGUUACUUCCCGAAUGGGCCCUGGUCAAAAGUAGUGCACUAUAUCGGGAAUAGGGUGCCAUUUGGGACACAACACAUUGCUUGCUGUUGAUAGAUGUCUUGAACUGGAUGAACUGUUGUAAGAGUAAGAGACUAUAAAAUGACUAAUGAUACAUCUUUCAAUAAGAGUAUAACAGAUUAUCAUAGACUAAAGGUUUGUAGGUAUUUUUUAAUAUUAUACAAAUUACAUGUUUUUGUGACUGCAAACAGUCCAAACAUGAUACAUAUAUAUUGUCCACAUAUAUGCAUUCGGAAAGUAUUCAGACCCCUUGACUUUUUCCACAUUUUUAUACAUUACAGCCUUAUUCUAAAAUGGAUUAAAUUGUUUUUUUCCCUUCAUCAAUCUACACACAAUAGCCCAUAAACUGUUUUUUAGACAUUUUUGCAAAUUUAUACAAAAUAAAAUACUGAAAUAUCACAUUUACAUAAGUAUUCAGACCCUUUACCCAGUACUUUAUUGAAACACCUUUGUUAGCAAUUACAGCCUUGAGUGUUCUUUGAUAUGACACUACGAGCUUGGCACGUCUGUAUUUGGGGAGUUUCUCCCACUCUUCUCUGCAGAUCCUCUCAAGCUCUGUCAGGUUGGAAGCUGAGCGUCGCUGCACAGCUAUUUUCAGGUCUCCAGAGAUGUUCGAUCGGGUUCAAGUCUUGGCUCUGGCUGGGCCACUCAAGGACAUUCAGAGACUUGUCCUGAAGCCACUCCUGAGUUGUCUUGGCUGUGUGCUUAGGGUUGUUGUCCUUUUGGAAUGUCAACCUUCGCCCAAGUCUGAGGUCCUGCGCGCUCUGGAGUAGGUGUUCAUCAAGGAUCUCUCUGUACUUUGCUCCGUUCAUCUUUGCCUCAUUCCUGACUAGUCUCCCAGUCCCUGCUGCUGAAAAACAUCCGGGCUGUCAUGAGCCUUUUAUUGACAGGUUUGUGCCUUUCCAAAUCAUGCCCAAUCAAUUGAAUUUACCACAGGUGGACUCUAAUCAAGUUGUAGAAACAUCUCAAGGAUGAUCAAUGGAAACCGGAUGCACCUGAGCUCAAUUUCGAGUCUCAUAGCAAAGGGUCUGAAUAUUUAUGUAUAUAACGUUUUUCUGUUUUGUUUUUUAAUAAAUGUCCAAAAAUUCAUAAAAAGCUGUUUUUGCUUUGUCAUUAUGGGGUACAUUGUGUGUAGAUUGAUGAGGAUUUUUUUAAACAUUUUUUAUCCAUUUUAGAAAAGGGCUGUAACGUAACAACAUGUGGAAAAAGUCAAGGGGUCUGAAUACUUUCCGAAUGCACUGUAUAUGCUGUAAAUAGAUUUAUAGAUAUAUAUAGAGUGACAGAUUACAUUACUGUUUGAAAGGAUCACACAACUACAAACAAUAUCAUUGUAUUAUUCCUGUGUCUGCUGUCACAUUCUACAGUAUCUCUCAUUCGACUAGUUGCUCAGAGUGUAUUUGCUCAGGUUCCAGUUGGUUAUUGAUUGAUUGAUCACAUACAAUGCAUUACCUAUAGCAGGUGAGGGUGAUAUAAUGCUACAUCACCUUUUGGCACUUUGCACCAAAAUAAUUCCAAGAUUUACAAAUACUCACAGUAACAGUAUGUGAACAUCAGUUGACAAUACAGUCAGAUGAAAAUGUAAAUCCAAAGUAGACUAUUUACAAGUCUGCUGCAUCUUGCCCCGGUUUACACAGGCUGCCCAAUUCUGAUCUUUUUUGACUAAUUGGUUUUUCCUCCAAUCAGAUCAGCACUUUUGCCAAUAAUUGGGCAAAAGAUCAGAAUUGGGCUGCCUGUGUAAACGCAGCCAUGAUGCAGCAGACUUGUAAAUAGUCUACUUUAGGUUUACAAUGGGUUUUUCAUCUUACUAUAUUGUCAACUAAAUGUCCCUGCACAUUGACUCGGUACCGGUACUCCUUGUAUAUAGCCUCAUUAUUGAUAUUUUAUUGUGUUACUAUUUCCUUUCUUUAUUUUGCUAACUUUUCUUCCUUUUUAACUUUGCAUUGUUGGGAAAGGGCUCGUAAGUAAGCAUUUCAUGGUAAAGUCUACACCUGUUGUAUUCGGCGCAUGUGACAAAUACAAUCAUAUUUCAACUGAUGUCACAUACUGUUACCGUGAGUAUUUGCAAUUAUUUUGCAUUGUUUUGGUGCAAAGAUAAAAGUGAUGUAACAUUACAACACCCUCACCUGCUAUAGGUAAUACAUUGUCAGUUAAUUUGCCUUUUUUUUGUUCUGUGCCAGCCUUCUGUUACCCAAGAGUAGGCUGUAUUGUAAAAAAAAUAAUAAUAAUCAUGCUGGACAAUGAUUUAGUAGCCUGAGUGCCAGUCUGUUUGUGCUAUCAUGCCAGCUCCCUGUCACUCAUUGUCAUGGCAAUGUUUGGCUUGACAAUGACAGCAAUGGAGUUGGCUACAGAUGGAAAGUAGCUGUAAGCGAAAUCUGGUGCAACACAUCAAUCCACAGUGGUUUGAGACUUAUGUUUAUGUUGUGCAUUGUCCCUGCAAAUAAACGUAAUACAAAUUGACAAAAAAAAGCACAAACAGGUCUAGGACCAGGCUAAUGUUUCAGCACUAUAGCUGUAGCAGCAUAUCAUAGUAACAUAGUGCAUCUUACUACUACAGAGCUGACACAAUAUUAGAGGUGUACAAUCAUAACCAAAUGCUUACUUCACUAAAACCUUAGGACUCUAUUCAAUCAGAUCCGACAUCUGUAUAGGGGUUGUUUUGGCAGUGUCGGAGGUGGAGCUGCAUUAGAGCUGUGAAAUCCACAAGCGGCUUUUGGCAUUAUACCUAAAGCGGACAUUGCCAUUGGCUGCAUGGAGCCGCAUUAAGAGAAAUCCCAUGCAGCCUUCUUUAAAAGUUUGAACACUGGAAUGUAAGAUGUAGUCUUCACCUCGAUUAGGAUGACAGAAAUCUUCACCAUUUCGUUGAAUGAUUUUCAGUUUGAGCGUCAUUAUUUCUAUAUAGCCUACACUUUCUCAUUCUGAACUUCUAAUACCAGUAGGACGGAGGUGGCUUCUUGAAAAUGAUCACAAGUAGCUGCUCACCGAUUUGACACCUCCAACACCGGCAAAGUAUCAGCUAUGCGGGUGUUGGCUAUCACCGGUUAAUGCUUGAUCUGAUUGAAUCUAGGCCGUAGACAUAUUCCUGAAGUCUAUAGAGUGCAUAACAAUGCCACACUGAAGUGAAUUGAAUAAAGAUUUACCAACUCA